AUGAAUGUACCAAACAUAGUACUUCCAAACCAAUCAAAUCCAUUGGGUAUCAUCACGGAUGAUAACGAUAGCAUCAACAUUAAUGAGCCAAGUAAAAGCACGCAGAUGGCUAGCAAUUCUCGACGCUCGAGUCUUGGCUUUUUGGCUAGUGCAAACUUUUCGGCAGACUCACUAGUUGAUGCACAAACACUACUGGGAAUUACACCAACUACGCCCAAACAUGGCGCAAAUUCUACACGUAGAUACUCAAAUAACUCGCUUUUAAAUUCUCCUGUACUCCAGCCACCGUCUCAUUCAACUCGUGGACGCUCGCGACCAUUAUCGGCUUUCCUAAUGGACUCAACAAAUGCAAUUGAAGAAGAUGGAGACGAAAGUAGCUUUGCAAACUAUGCCACUUCACCUGAAGGAGCACAUUCUUUUUGCAUAAACAAUGACGGGGUCAAUGGCGCAAUCAAUAACUCCCCUCAAAAUGUUUCAAUAUCAACAUAUGGCAAUGGUUUUUAUAACAAUAAUAGUAUCAAUAAUUAUUCGCGUCGAGGCAGUUCUCCAACAAGAGGACCACCUCCAUCUCCACCAAGAUCACCCUCUCCAGUGCGCGUGAACAAAAACUUUAGAGCCAAGUCCCCAGUACGAAGAUCUUUAUCGCCCACAAAGUCCGGACCGUUCAACUUUAAACCGCAAGAAAUUAUGGUUCAUGGUAACGGAUCAAAUUCAUCGCUCCAGGUUAAGCCAGCCCAUCGUAAGGGACAUAGAUAUAAACACUCUUCGGUAUCGAUGAAUAUGUUCCAGGAGCCGCCAUUGGCGGACUUGGCUGAAAAGGCACCGUUGAAAAGUAUAGCUGAUCUGUAUCCAAUUCCAAAUUACAAAGAAACAUUUGCCUCGAUAAGCAAAAGCCAAAAGGGGAGACUUGCUUGGAGCGCGUGUCAUUUUGCAACAUCGCUUCUUGUAUUUUAUACAGGUUUUAAUUUGGGUGUAGGCUCAUUAUCCACCUUGGCUCAUUUGAUUUUCUACGAUUCCUUGGGCUCAUUAUUUAUUGUGCUUGUGGAUGUGAUGGCGAAUUUUGAAGUAUGGAAAAAACCAUCGAUAUCUUUCCCAUUUGGACUCGAGCGGCUUGAGGUGCUUGUUGGUUUUGCAUUAAGUGCAUCUCUUGUGAUGCUUGGUUUCGACUUGUUUAGUCAUUUCUUUGAGGAGCUUGUGCUCUCUUUGAUGUCGCAUGACAACGAAGACCAUGGUGAACAUGAUCAUUUAUCGCAUCAUGUGCAUGAAGAACUGGGGCCUGUAGGAAAUAUUGUUGCUUAUGAAGUGGUUUUGUUGAUAUCGUUAGCUGUCUCGCUUGUAUCUUCCAACGUGAUUUUGGCGUAUGAUCGGAUUAACGAUAUGCUUAACUCGACUUCAGACAAGGCUCAGCAAUAUAAUGGCUUCAGCAAGGGUAAAAUAAAUUACUAUAAAGGUGGUAGCACAACAAUGAACAGUGCUACUAUGAGUCUGCGUAUUUUGAAUAUGAUUAAGGCUUGGAGAAGCUAUCCUACUUAUUUAAUCACAAUCACAUACAUUAUCUUUCUCAUUGUGGUACCAAUAAUCCCUGGCUCUUGGGUUCAGGAAUUAGCAUACGAUAUACAGAAAUGUGCCAAUAUAUUGGUAGCUUGUUUGCUUUGUUACAAUGGAUGGAACCUUGUCAAAUUCCUUGGUGGCACUUUGUUAUGUGCUUUCCCAUACUCGGACUAUCAAAAUAGUGUUACAAAGUCCAAUAUUAUGGACCAGAUAACUGGACUCGAUUGUUUUAAACAUGGAUAUCUGAUACAGAAAUUGUUUGUCACAAAGUUUAGCUAUAGCUUAUACGUGAUAGGUGUUUCUAUUGAAAUGAAAGGCGCUAAUGCUGAUGACGAGGUGAGAAUGAAGUUUGAAACAAACAGAAUAAUUGAAAACGAGGUAAAGAAGUUGGAAAGAGGGCUAAAGGUGGCAAAAUGUGAAAUUACCAUAGACAUAGACAGGUUCUGA